GUCAGCCUCCAUGCGAACACAUUUGACGAGUCGGCAAAAGUUAACUGUUUUUGCUAGUUCCUUAUGGAAACAUAAUUUAUGUGCAGCUCUGAACAAUAAUAAUUUCAAAAACACUGUAUGUUGCCACUGUUGUCAUAAUACUUUGACCUCAAGUAAAGCCAAAAAUCUCAGUGAACUUCAGUCGACAUUGCACGUGAACAGACGUAAGAAAGUACUUUCUGCGAGAUCAUAUUCUGCAGUGGGCAGAUCUGAUGUUCUUAAUGUUUCACUGACGAAAAGACACGAGCAAAAAUUAUCUGUUAAAGAUCAGGGCUUGAACCAUAAUCAGAUUGCUCAUUUUAGCAGUAAUGUUCCAUCAGGAGUUCAUGGGUCUGCAGGGGAUGAAGGUGAUGAUGACAAUGAUGAGGCAGAACCAGAACUUACAACAGAUGAAACAACACCAGUUACGAAUUAUCCAAUGGGUGCCCUUACAACAAUGGCUGCCCCAGAUGUGUUUCCUAAUGUACCAGUGAUUGCCAUUAAUCGGAACCCACUAUUUCCACACUUUGUGAAACAAAUAGUUGUAAAUGACCAAAGAUUAAUUGAUGUGAUACAGCGGAAAGUGAGAUUAAACUUGCCAUAUGCUGGUGUGUUUUUAAAAAAAGAUGAUAAUAAUGAAAGUGAUGUUGUUGAGAACUUGUCAGAUGUCUACAAUGUUGGUAGUUUUGUACAGAUUACUGAAAUGCAGUCAUUUGAAGAUAAGCUCAGAAUGACAGUAAAGAGUCUUAGAAGAAUAUCCAUAUUAAAACAACUACAGGAACCAGACAUUGGUGAUGAUUUAGAAGCAGUAACAAAACAUCUAGCAAACCAGUUAAAAACGCGGUCUGUAAGAAUGACAAGAAAAGAAAGAAGGAAUAGUCGCUUAAAGAAAGAAGAUGAUGUUGAUGUUACUUCAGAUUGUACAGAAAAUAUUCCUGAUGCAGUUGAUACAGAUAAUAUAAAAGAUUUAUUUACACCUAAAGAAGAGAUGUUAGAUCCACAGGAACCAGUUCUCAUGGUUGAAACAGAAAAUGUAAAACAUGAACCUUUCAAAAGGAAUGAUGAAAUAAAGGCUUUGACUGCUGAAGUUUUGCAGACAAUCCGAGAGAUUAUUGUGAUGAACCCUUACUUCAGGGCACAUAUACAGUUAGAAGUUGGUGCAAGGGUGAUGGAAAAUCCUGUCUUCUUAAGUGAUCUUGGUGCUGCAAUGUCCACAGCCGAACCUGAAGAUUUACAGAAAGUUAUGGAGGAACGAAAUAUUCAUCAAAGACUUUCACUGACACUAGACUUGGUAAAGAAAGAACUUGCAGUGAGUAAGCUACAGCAGAAGAUUGGACGAGAGGUUGAAGAGAAAGUGAAAAAACAUCACAGAGAAUAUAUGUUACGUGAACAAUUGAAAGUGAUCAGAAAGGAACUUGGUGUUGAGAAAGAUGAUAAAGAUGCUGUGGAGGAGAAAUUCAGGGAGAGGCUCAAGGACCUGGUUGUUCCAGAACAUGUGAUGACUGUGAUUGAAGAAGAACUCAACAAACUUGCUACACUGGAUAACCAUUCUUCAGAAUUUAAUGUUACCAGGAAUUACCUAGACUGGUUAACCAUUCUUCCAUGGGGAAAAUAUAGUGAGGAAAAUUUGGAUCUGAAACAGGCUAAAGAUAUACUGGAGGAAGAUCACUAUGGCAUGGAAGAUGUGAAAAAGAGAAUAUUGGAAUUUAUUGCAGUUAGUCAUUUAAAGGGAAGUACACAAGGCAAGAUUCUAUGUUUUCAUGGUCCUCCAGGAGUGGGAAAAACCAGUAUUGCCAAAUCUAUUGCCAGAGCUUUAAAAAGAGAGUAUUUCCGAUUCAGUGUUGGUGGAAUGACAGAUGUUGCAGAGAUCAAAGGUCAUCGUCGUACAUAUGUUGGCGCUAUGCCAGGAAAAAUGAUCCAGUGUUUGAAGAAAACAAAAAGAGAAAAUCCACUGGUGCUUAUUGAUGAGGUAGACAAAAUUGGCAAGGGUUACCAAGGUGAUCCAGCAUCGGCCUUGUUAGAAUUACUGGAUCCUGAACAGAAUGCCAACUUCCUCGAUCACUAUCUGGAUGUGAAUGUUGAUCUAUCAAAGGUACUGUUCAUCUGUACAGCCAAUAUUACAGAUACAAUACCAGAACCAUUGAAAGAUAGGAUGGAACUUAUAGAUCUCUCGGGAUAUGUUGCUGAGGAGAAAUUGGCUAUUGCUGAGAGGUACCUUGUACCACAAGCUGAAGAACAUUCCGGUGUCAGAGCUGACCAGGUGACAAUAUCCCAGGAUGCCAUGCAGGAGCUUAUAAAGAGUUACUGUCGAGAAAGUGGUGUGAGAAACCUUCAGAAGCAUAUAGAAAAGAUAUAUAGAAAAGCUGCAUUAAAGAUAGUUUCAGAAGGUAUUUCUAGCACUGCUGUCACCAUGGAUAGUUUACAAGACUAUGUUGGCAAACCACUAUUCACAAGGGAGAGAAUGUAUGAUGUUACACCACCUGGUGUUGUGCCCGGGUUAGCAUGGACUUCUAUGGGUGGAUCAACACUCUACAUAGAAACUGUAAUGAAGAAGGCAGUUGACCUUGAGAACAAAGAAUCAGGGGACCUUGAGGUCACAGGUAACCUUGGAAAUGUGAUGAAGGAGAGCAUACAACUAGCAUACACAUUUGCUAAAUCUUAUCUUAACAAACUAAAUCCUGAAAACAAGCUUUUAGAGAAGGCUCAUGUACAUCUUCAUGUACCAGAGGGAGCAACACCAAAAGAUGGACCAAGUGCUGGGUGUACUAUAGUAACAGCUUUAUUGUCACUGGGCCUCAACAAGCCCUGUCGACAAGAUCUUGCUAUGACGGGUGAAAUAUCCCUGACUGGCAAGGUAUUGCCUAUAGGUGGAGUGAAAGAAAAAGUUAUAGCUGCAAAGAGAGCUGGAAUGAAGUGUGUUAUUCUGCCAGAAGAAAAUCGUAAAGACUUUUCUGAUUUACCAGAAUUUAUUGCACAAGGAAUCGAAGUUCAUUAUGCGGACACAUAUGCUGAUAUAUUUAGUGUUGUCUUUCCUGAUAUUACUCCGACCAGCUGAUGUUUGCCAAAAGGAACUAGUUUGAAUAAUUAAUCCCCCACCACAAGUGGUGGGGGGUUAUAGGAAUAGUCUCCGUUCGUCCAUCCUUCCGUCUGUCCGUAACACUUUAGUGUCCGCUCCAUAUUUCCUAAACCCCUUGAAGGAUUUUCAUGAAACUUGGGUCAAAUGAUCACCUCAUCCAGACGAUGUGCAGAACCCAUGAGUCAGCCUUGUUGGCUCAAGAUCAAAGGUUUAAGCCUUCCAUUUUGUGUCCGCUGUGUAUCUCCUAAACCCCUGGUAGGAAUUUUAUAAACUUGGGUCAAAUGAUCACCUCAUCAAGACGAUUUGCAGAACCCAUGAGUCAACUAUGCAGGCUCAAGGUCAAGGUCACAACUUAGGGUGAAAGGUUUGAGCCUUCUAUUUUGUGUCCACUCUAUAUCUCCUAAACCCCUUGAAGGAUUUUCAUCAAACUUGUGUCAAAUGAUCACCUCAUCAAGGCGAUAUGCAGAACUUAUGAGUCAGCCAUGCCUGCUCAAGGUCAAGGUCACAACUUAGGGUCAAAGGUUUGAGCCUUCUAUUUUGUGUUCACUCUGUAUCUCCUAAACCCCUUGAAGGAUUUUCAUCAAACUUGGGUCAAAUGAUCACCUCAUCAAGAACUCAUGAGUCAGCCAUGUCAACUCAUGGUCAAGGUCAAAGGUUAGAGCUCUGUAUCUCCUAAACCCUUUGAAGGAUUUUCAUGAAACUUGGGUCAAAUGAUCACUUCAUCAAGACGUUGUGCAGAAUUUAUGAGUCAGCCAUGUCAGUUCAAGGUCAAGGUCACAGCUAUAUAUACACUUUCACUAUCCAUAGCAGUGACGGGGGAUUUAGCUGUCUUUCAGACUGCCUUGUUACAUGUUAAUAGGGUCUCGCCAUUGGGCACAAUUCCAGACCAUCAGUCUGUCCAAACACAGUAGAAGAUCUGAUGUAACACAAACGUGUUUCAGAUAUGCACUUUUUUACAGGGCUUAACAUUUUCCUCUAAUUUUGAAGAAAUAUGAAUCUGUAACAAAUAUUUAUAAUUGUGCUAUAUGUGCACAUUGUAAAUGGCUGUAUUGUCUAUGGCAGUGGUCAAAAGGGUCAGAUGAUACACUUGCAAAGUAAUUGCCACAACACUGGUGUAUACAUUGCCCAGUUUCAAAUCUUUAUUUUCAAAGGGGUAUGAUGAUAUAUGAUUUUCCAGUUUUAAUUAGGCUUUAUUAUAGCAUUGGAAACACCAUUAUGAUUUGAAUUUUACACCCGCUAUUCUUCCAUUAGUACAUGUAUUAUAAACAAAGAAUAAACACAGUUGCAAACUGA